AAAUUGUAACUAGAGCGUCCAAAGUUCAUCAAAGUCUUUUGAAACAGAAGCUGCAUCAGCUCAGCUGUUGGAAUUUUAAACAACUGGAGGAAAGUUGUAGGCUUUAGCUAUGUGGCUCUACCUGGCCGCCCUCUUGGGGUUUUACUUCCUCCGCCGAUGGUACCGGGAAAGACAGACUGUGGACAAACUGACCGAGAAAUAUGUCUUCAUCACUGGCUGUGACUCUGGCUUUGGAAACCAGCUCGCCAGGCAGCUGGAUGCCCGGGGAAUGCGAGUGUUGGCAGCUUGCUUUACCCAGAAAGGAGCAGAGGUGCUGGAGCGUGCCACAUCAGAACGGCUAAAAACCACCAUUUUGGAUGUCACCAGCACAGAAAGCAUAGCAGCAGCGACUGAGUGGGUGAAAGGAUGCACUGAUAAAAAAGGGCUCUGGGGCUUGGUGAACAAUGCAGGACUCUUGUACCCAAUAGGCCCCAACGAAUGGAUGACCAAGGCUGAUUUCGCAAAGGUGUUAGAGGUCAACCUUCUUGGACCAAUUGACGUAACAUUGCACCUGCUGCCUCUAGUCAGGAAGGCCCAAGGAAGGGUGGUCAAUGUGAGCAGUGUUGCUGGAAGGUUUGCUUAUUGUGGAGGAGGCUAUAGCCCUUCAAAAUUUGGCUUGGAAGCAUUCUCUGACACUCUCAGGCGUGACUUACGACCUUUUGGAGUCAGCGUCAGCAUCAUUGAACCAAGUGGCUUUAACACAAAAAUAAAUGAAGAUGCAAGCGGUUCCUUCAGCAAUGUAUGGAGCAAGUUGCCUGCUGAGAUAAGAGAACUCUAUGGAGAGAAGUACUUCAGAAACAUUUUCAAGACAUUUUUGGGGGCCAAAUGGGAGAAGAAAAACCUCUCUCUUGUCACAGACUGUAUGGAGCAUGCACUGACCUCCUGCUAUCCUCGUAGCCGCUAUGCUGUUGGUUGGGAUGCCAAAUUGAUCUACAUUCCCCUUUCUUAUUUGCCAGCUUCAAUUGCGGAUUAUAUUGUAACUUAUGGCAGUCCCAAACCAGACAAAGCCCUUUACUGAUCUUUGGCACACAACAUUUACAAGUGCCAAGGCAUACAACUUGUGAAAAAUGUUGGGUGCUACAAAGUCUUCUGAUUACUUUUUUUAAAACUGCUGGACAAGCACAAGGCUGAAGCUGUUUAGUAGUGUCACAUCCUUAUUUGCAUAACACUGAUAUUUGAAACUGAGAUUCGGAAGUAUUGGAAAGGAAUUGAAAUGUGUAUGUCACACACCCCAAAAUAAACUUUAUCCUAUCCACUA